UACUUGGGAUCGAUGAUUUACUUGCUUUUCUAUUUACCCCACUACACAGUACUGUCUUAAAGCUCGCCUUUCCUUUUUUUUGGUUAACCGCAGUCCACACACACAACGGAUUUCUUUCUGAAUUUGUUUGUUUAAAUACAAAUCGUAAUUAUGCGGUUUCUUUGGACUCUGCAGAAAGGGCGCAAGCUGUGAUGCGAUAACGAUAUUCGCACAAACUGCACUUGUGCGGCUGUGCCGAUCCGAUAGCGUCCGACGUCGCUGCUAUAACAUUGUUCUGUUAUCAUCUGAGUAAGCCGUUCUGCAGUGGAUUCCAAAGAAGGAUUGCAAAUGUCAUUAAUCAUGGAUCCCGCUGCAAAAAACAAAAUAUAUCGCGAUGUUUGGAUUCUCCUGCAGCGACUGGGCGCUCCCGAUGAUUUCAUCCAGGAUUUCGAGAAAGAUGGCCGCGACAGGGUCGCGGAGCUCGAUUGCAAUGUGCUGCAGCUGCUGCGGAAAUUCUAUGGCUCGCGCGUGGUGACAGCAGAAUCACAGACGGAACCUGCGUGGAGUUCACAGUUCGGGUUAGACGGCGAUCGCAUGGUGGAAGACCCGCACACAAUGGCUGAAUCAGCUGUUGCCGCCGCAGCCAUUGUGCCUGAUACGAGCGUCGAUGCUGCGAUACAGGUUGUUGCGCCCGUCUUGAAUUCAGCGCACUCAUCUCUCCCGUUGGAGAAACGAUUGGAUGCGGAUUCCGAAAGGCGUGUGGUCGAGAAUGUUCAGCAGCAGCAGGGCGCCCCUGCAAUAGAUCCAGUACCAGCAGCACCGAUGACUUCACAUUCGCCGGAGCCGCGCUCCGUUAUUGAUGAAGCAUUUGACAGCUGGCGCGAAAACACGAUUCGUAAACGAAAACUUCACGACGAUUCCGGUAGUGAAGAUGAGGACACUGAGACCGAAGGUACAGCAUUUGCCGUUGGACUGUCGACGGCUGACAUGAAGGACAGCUCGGGUGACGAUGCCCUGACUAACGCUGCGGACGAUCCAUCGGAUAAUUCCAACGGAAGUUUCCGGAAGAAAUACUAUAAAAGAACUCGCAUUUCCAUUACAACAGGCAAGCGUUAUCGGCACAGAGGGAAAAAUCCACCCUCGGAUCAGACUGCUUGUAAACGCAAGAUGAUUAAAAAGUCCAAAAGCGGGAAACCCCUGAAGGUACCGAAAAGCACUUAUUAUAAGCCACCAAAGAAAUCUCAGCCGAGAACCAGUGGCAUGUGGCCUGGGAAGAGAACAGACAGCGGCGAGAUAAAGAUUGUUUCCGCUAACUGCUGGAUGGAUAGGGUGAAAAGGGAGGACAGCAUGGAGUCGGGCUUUAUCGGGCCGAAAUGUGGACAUAAAUCGAAAAGCAUCAAAUUUGACCUGAACAAUUUUGUCCUGUCGACCCCUGCAGGCAGUGAACUGCUCUUUUCGCCCAAAAAGCGCAGACACCUGACCUAUGCGUAUCCCAAAUGGCUCACCGGUUUUUAUCCGGGACCGUCUCCCUUCUUUCCGCAGAUCGGUGAUGUGGUGUAUUAUUUUCGAGAAAGAUACGAGGCAUUUAUAAAGGAGAUGAGGCGCGUCGCCCAUCGUAAUGGAACGAAAUGUAACCUGGAAUUUUCUGACCCAAAUUUAGGAGACAUGGAGCUGUUUAAAGUAAUGGAUAUACAGUUUAUCACAGAACCGCCGGAUUACGCUCCAUAUGCUAUGUUAGAUUUGGAGCGGUUGUCCUGCGAUGAGGACAAUUGUGCAACCGGCCAGCGUUUUUUCAUGCGGUAUCAAGAUAUGAAGGAUGUGGCCGAUAUCUUCGUGAUGCAGGAUGUUGUCAGACGCCGCAAGACGGAAUUCCAAGCCGGUCAGCGGGUGCGUGCCAUUUUCGAGGAGAGGGGAGCACUGCGCUGGUCCAAUGGCACGGUAAUGAAAGUGGAUGACGAUGAAAAGAAAAUGAUGUCUAUGGGUCGGCUGGAUUCUAUUCAUGUGUUGCUGGAUUCGCGAAGAGAAAAAGAUCCACAGUGGGAUCCUCUCAGUCCCUGGGAUUUGCAGUUGAUUCCUAAAGAAGAGAAGGACAUCGAAAGGAACUCUACCGAGUACGAAGAAGGUCGAGUAGUUACGCGGUCAGAACUGCGCAGUUUGGCCUACGCUCCCAGACCGGACGACUGGGGCGGCAGACCGCCGUAUGAGGUGGAGAAAACCAUUCGGAAGAAACUAAAGAAAGUGCUGUACAGAAAUGAGGUGGAACGCUUCCGCCGUCCGGUUGAUCUAGCGAAGUAUCCACAGUAUUAUAAGGAGAUCGCCUAUCCAAUGGAUUUGACUACCGUGAUUCGCCGACUAAAAUACCGCUUCUAUCGCCGGAAAGCAGCGCUGUUGUUUGAUAUCCGGCAGUUGGUGGCUAACUGCAGAGCUCACUGUGGUUAUUCCAAGGAGGACGUGGAAAAUGCCAAGCUUCUGGCAGCAGUGUGCGAGGAUAUUGUGGAGUUUCCGUUUGUCUUUGCAGGAAUCCUGAAAAAACAGCCACUGUUGACGAGAUCUGGGAAGCAAAACGAAAUUAACUUGUGAAUUUGUCUGAUGGUUAUAUGGGUUACUUACAUAAAUGGAUCUGGAUUGGGAUUUUCUUUAGUAUUAUUAUCUGGAUUAUCUGGAUCGGGAUUUUCAUCUGGAUUGGGAUUUUCUUUAGUUGACUAUAACAACAGUAUUUUGGUUGUUUUUAAGCGCUUUGCUUUAACGACAGCCUUUAUUUACCGGUAAACUGGUUCGUUUUUAAGAACUGGUUUUUGUUAACGCAGUUUGGACGUCCAGUUAAAAUCUCCAUGCAUCCAAAUCAAAGUUGAUGUCUACCAAAGCCUUAAUUUUGUACAGAUCUGUUGUAUUUUCGAGUGGCUAUUGAAAUAAUUUUUGAAGAUGCACGGAAUUGCUAUUAUUAAAGUCAGUGUUUGUGUAAAUGUGUAGUACACGGUACUCACUUGUCAGUAUUGUCAAAGACUGUGAGAUGGGGAAAAUGUGCAGAAAUCCGGACACA